UGGUCCCAGACACAUGUGCCAACUGUAAUCCUCCUCUUCUUCUUCUUCUUCUUCUUCUUCUUCCUCCUCCUCUCCUCUCAAUAAACACAAACACUCUAUCUCCGCACUCCUCUUUUAUGGCACUCACCACUUUCCAGAUUCCCCCUUUCUUCCUCUCCCCAACUCCAAAAAACCUACGCUCUUUUACCAGAAACUAAAAACGGAAACAAAUUCGGAAAAUAAUCUCUUAUCUAAAAUAGACCAUUUUUCAUUUCUCGAACCCUCAUUCUCUUCAACGCCCAAAAUCAAUCGCCUUCCAAUUCCUCGUCGGAUGGCAUCAAGAUUGCUUUUUUUCGUCGUCUGCUCGUUCCUAGCCACCGCCUGCCGCUCCCAAUCCGGCGACGCGGCGGUGAUGCAGGAACUGAAGAAGAGCAUCAACGCGCCGAGUCAACUCGGGUGGACUGACGCGGACCCCUGCAAGUGGAAGUCGGUCUCCUGCUCCAGAGACAGCCAAGUCGAACGGAUCCAAAUCGGGAACCAAAAGCUGCAGGGCUCGCUUCCCCCUUCCCUCGCCAAACUCACCUCUCUGCAAAUCUUCGAGGUCAUGAACAACCAGCUCUCCGGCCCCCUCCCGAGUUUCUCCGGCUUGAGCUCGGUCCAGAGGAUCCUCCUCAACAACAACAACUUCACCUCCGUCCCUCCCGACUUCUUCGACGGUAUGAACUCGCUCUCAAAUGUCAACAUGGAUCAAAACCCCUUCAGCUCCUGGCAAAUUCCGGCCAGCCUCAAGAGCGCCACCAAUUUGCAAUCCUUCUCCGCCACUAACGCUAAUGUCUCCGGACAAUUACCCGAUUUCUUCGAUUCCGAGACGUUUCCGAGCUUGACUAGUCUGCACUUGGCGUUCAACAAUCUGGAGGGGCCAUUGCCGGCGUCGUUUUCCGGCUCCUCGAUGCAGAGCCUGUGGCUGAACGGGCAGAAGGUCGGAAUGAACGGCUCCAUUUCGGUUGUCCAGAACAUGACUCUAUUGACUGAUAUCUGGCUGCACAGCAAUGCUUUCUCCGGCCCCUUGCCUGAUUUCACGGGGUUGAUUCAAUUGCAGAAGUUAUCGUUAAGGGAUAAUAGCUUGACCGGUCCAGUUCCCGACUCUUUGGUUGGAUUGAAAACCCUAGUUUCAGUCAAUUUGACCAAUAACAAGCUGCAAGGGAAAACCCCCAAAUUUAGCGUGCCGGUUGAUAUGUUUCCCGGUAGCAACAGCUUCUGCUUGCCCGAUCCCGGGAUAGAAUGUGAUCCGCGCGUUAAUACUUUGCUUGAUGUGGUGAAGGAUUUUGGAUAUCCUGCUAUAUUUGCUGAUAACUGGAAAGGGAACGAUCCCUGCAAUUCGUGGAAGGGGAUUACCUGCAUUGGCAAGAACAUUACUGUGGUGAAUUUUAAAGGAUUGGCUCUCUCCGGGGUUAUUUCCCCGAAUUUCGCUAAGCUUGCGUCUUUGCAGAGGCUGGUUCUGUCGAAUAAUAACUUGACCGGAGCUAUUCCGAAUGAGCUCACUCAAUUGCCUAAUCUUGUGGAGCUGGAUAUUUCUAAUAAUCAGAUUUAUGGGAAGGUUCCUCAGUUCAAGCCUGGUUUUGAUUUGAAGACUGCUGGGAAUGUGAACCUGGGCAAGGAUGGCCCGGUGACGCCUAGUGGAGGCGGUGGGAAAGGGAACUCAGGCGGGACAUCCACCGGUGGCGGUGGUGGUGGGUCGGGGAGUGGCAAUGAGAAGAAAACUUCUACGGGAGUAGUUGUAGGUUCGGUUGUUGGGGGAGUGUGCGCGCUUGCCCUUGCUGGAACGCUGGUUUUCUGCGUUUACAGAGGUAAUCGCAAGCACAGUGGGAGGGUUCAGUCUCCUCACACGACGGUCAUCCAUCCGCGCCUCUCGGGUUCUGAGGAUGCUGUCAAGAUCACCAUUGCUGGAUCGAGUGUCAAUGGUGGUGGCGGUGGGACGAGUGAGACCUACAGCCACGGGAGCAGUGGCCCAAGCGAUCUCCACAUUGUCGAGGCUGGUAACAUGGUGAUCUCCAUCCAAGUACUGAGAAACGUGACGGACAAUUUCAGUGAGCGGAACAUACUGGGGAGGGGCGGAUUCGGGAUUGUCUACAAGGGUGAGCUGCACGACGGGACUAAGAUUGCUGUGAAGCGGAUGGAGUCGGGCGUGAUCAGUGAGAAGGGGUUGGAUGAGUUUAGGUCUGAGAUUGCUGUUCUCACAAAAGUGAGGCAUAGGCAUUUGGUUGCUCUGUUGGGGUAUUGCUUGGAUGGGAAUGAGAGGCUGCUCGUUUUCGAGUACAUGCCUCAGGGGACGCUUAGCCGGUUUCUGUUCAACUGGAAAGAUGAGGGUUUGCAGCCUCUGGAAUGGAUGAAGAGGCUCACGAUCGCGCUUGAUGUUGCUAGAGGGGUCGAAUAUCUCCAUGGUUUGGCUCAGCAGAGCUUUAUUCACCGGGAUCUUAAACCGUCUAAUAUUCUACUUGGAGAUGAUAUGAGGGCUAAAGUAGGAGAUUUUGGACUUGUAAGGCUUGCUCCUGACGGAAAAGCUUCGAUUGCUACCAAACUGGCCGGAACCUUUGGAUAUCUUGCCCCAGAGUAUGCAGUAACGGGGCGAGUGAGUACUAAGAUCGACGUGUUCAGCUUUGGGGUGAUUCUAAUGGAGAUGAUAACGGGAAGAAAAGCAUUAGACGAGUCGUUCCCAGACGACAGCCAGCAUUUGGUUCCGUGGUUCAGGCGCAUGUUGAUCAACAAGGAGACAUUCCGCAAAGCCAUUGAUCAAACGAUUGAACUGACAGAGGAGACGUUCGGUAGCAUCUGCACGGUAGGAGAGCUGGCCGGGCACUGCUCAGCUAGGGAGCCGUACCAGAGGCCGGACAUGGGGCAUGUGGUGAACGUGCUCUCGUCUCUGGCGGAGAUGUGGAAGCCCUCAGAGCCCGCUGAUCCAGAGGACGUAUAUGGAAUCGACUACGACAUGACCUUGCCUCAGGCGCUCAAGAAGUGGCAGGCGCUAGAGGGAAUGAGCUUGAUGGACGGCGAUGCCUCCUCGUCUUACAUGGGGAGCAACGACAACACUCAGACGAGCAUACCCACCCGGCCCUCCGGCUUCGCAGAUUCAUUCACAUCGGCAGACGGCCGGUAGUAUCUAUUGUUCUUUUUUUGUGGGGAAGGAAUCAUGGAUUUGAGGUUUGUUAAUAGCUUUUUGAACCUCCAAUUUCUGCAUUUAAUGUUGUAUAGUAGUAGUAUUAUAUGAUUU